GUAUUACAACACCGCACAGUCAGUCACUAUGUCAACUCUGAGACCGGUAUAGUUGCAUGAGUUUCUUGUGGUCUUUCAACUGGAAGUAUAAUUAUGAUGCGGCCCAUUUCGAUCGUGGCGAUUUUACUGUCAGUAGCAGCUGCUUAUUAUAUUUAUCUGCCUCUGCCCAGCACUAUAUCAGAGCCAUGGAAACUCAUGUUUAUGGAUUCUAUAUUGCGUGGUGUAAUGCAUGUGAGCUUUUUAGCUCACAAUCUUGGACUGAGUCGACCUUUUGAUGUUGCAAAGUAUGCUGCAUCAUGGGAUGAAAUAAAGGGUCCACCGUCCAGCCCAGUAAUCCGGGUCACAGAAACGUCAUUUGGAGGAGUGCAGGCACAAGUGUUCGAGUCCACAGCAGCAGACCAAGAACCACCUUUGAAAAGAGGUGUGGUCUAUUUCCACGGAGGUGGAUGGACGCUCGGCAGUGGAAAGAUGCAAACGUAUUUCCUUCAGUGCUGGUCUAUGGCUGAAGAGUUGGAUGCAGUUGUAAUAUCAAUUGAGUACACGCUGGCCCCGGAGGCACGUUUCCCAGAUCAGUAUAACGAAGCCAUUCAGGCCUCCAAACACAUCCUGACAGCCGAGGUGUUGAGUCGGUACUCCAUAGACCCGAAACGAGUGGCUGUGUCAGGGGACAGCGCCGGUGCCAAUCUGGCCGCUGCUGUGGUGCAACAGAUGGCUUUGGACAAUAGUGCUUCUAUUAAGUUCAAAGUUCAGGCCCUUCUCUACCCUGUGCUUCAGGCCUUGGACUUCAACACCCCCUCGUACCAGCAGAACGGCCACAUUCCCAUCCUGCACCGUCCACUCAUGGCUCGCUUUUGGCUUGAGUACCUAAACGGGGAUCCAAGACUUGUUACGUCUUUGCUAGCAAACCACCACUCAAUCUCAACUCCAAGCCAGGAGAUAGCAGCGGCCAAAGCCAAGACCAACUGGACCAAGCUUCUUCCGGUGGCCUUCCAGAAGAGCUAUAAACCUGUGUUUCCGCUUCACGGCGACCCAAAACUGCUGGAGAAGCUCCCAGGCCUGCUGGAUGUGAGAGCGUCGCCUCUACUAGCUGAAACAGAAGUGCUGAAGGCCGUGCCGCCCGCUUACAUCAUGACCUGUGAGCAUGACGUGCUGAGAGACGACGGACUCAUGUACGCCACACGACUGGAGGAGGCCGGAGUCCACGUCACUGUUGAUCAUGUUGAAGAUGGCUUCCAUGGAUGCCUCAGUUUUGCUUUUGGACCCUUUCGGUUUUCUGUAGGGUUUCGAAGUUUUAGGAGUUAUAUCCUCUGGUUGAAGGAGAACCUCUAGCAGGUGUUUUUUUUUUUUAGGUGGGUGGUUAUGUUAUGGUAUUAAUCAUUUUGAUUUCAAACAUUAACCAAUGGUUUUUAGACUUAAAAUACUGUGCAACAUGUCAAUGCAAUAGAUUAUGAAAAGCACACUGAUCAAGCCCAAAACUAUUGAAACUAUGUUUCAGUAACAAUACACAAUUGUUUUAGUAGCAGUGGGUUUAUAGUGGAUGUAAUGCAGGAUAAUCCAGAUUAUACAAAGGGUUUUUUUUAAUGUGAACCCAUCCAUAUUAAUUCUGUCAUGGAAAUUAUUUUAUUGAUAAUAUUUUAUGUAAAAAUCUGCAGAGUGUGACCGAAACAAAUUGUCAAUUUCUAUUAAAAAUACUAAAAAUAAUUUAAAAAAAACAUGAAAACGAAUACAUAUAAA